AUGGCCGCAGCCACCAUCGUGCACGACACGUCUGAGGCGGUGGAGCUGUGCCCCGCGUACGGCCUGUACCUGAAGCCCAUCACCAAGAUGACCAUCAGCGUGGCCCUCCCACAGCUCAAGCAGCCCGGGAAGUCCAUCUCCAACUGGGAGGUGAUGGAGCGGCUCAAGGGCAUGGUGCACAGCCACCAGUUCUCCACGCUGCGCAUCUCCAAGAGCACCAUGGACUUCAUCCGCUUCGAGGGCGAGGUGGAGAACAAGAGCCUGGUCAAGUCCUUCCUGGCCUGCCUGGACGGCAAGACCAUCAAGCUCAGCGGCUUCUCCGACAUCCUCAAGGUGCGUGCCGCCGAGUUCAAGAUCGACUUCCCCACGCGCCACGACUGGGACUCCUUCUUCCGCGACGCCAAGGACAUGAACGAGACGCUGCCGGGCGAGCGGCCCGACACCAUCCACCUGGAGGGGCUGCCCUGCAAGUGGUUCGCGCAGAAGGAGUCGGGCUCGGAGAAGCCCAGCGAGGAGGUGCUGCUGCGCGUGUUCCAGAGGUUCGGGGAGAUCCGCAACGUGGACAUCCCCAUGCUGGACCCCUACCGCGAGGAGAUGACGGGCCGCAACUUCCACACCUUCAGCUUCGGCGGCCACCUCAACUUCGAGGCCUACGUGCAGUACUGCGAAUACGCGGGCUUCAUCCAGGCCAUGAGCGCCCUGCGCGGCAUGAAGCUCAUGCACAAGGGCGAGGACGGGAAGGCGGUGGCCUGUAACAUCAAGGUCUCCUUCGAUUCCACCAAACACCUGAGCGACGCGUCCAUCAAGAAGCGGCAGCUGGAGCGGCAGAAGCUGCAGGAGCUGGAGCAGCAGCGCGAGGCGCAGAAGCGCAGGGAGAAGGAGGCGGAGGAGCGGCAGCGCGCCGAGGAGAGGAAACAGAAGGAGCUGGAGGAGCAGGAGCGCGAGCGCAAGCGCGAGGAGAAGCUGCGCAAGCGGGAGCAGAAGCAGCGGGACCGGGAGCUGCGGCGCAGCCAGAAGAAGCUGGAGAAGCUGCAGGCGGAGGAGCAGAAGAAGCUGCAGGAGAAGAUCCAGCUGGAGGAGCGCAAGCUGCUGCUGGCCCAGCGCAACCUGCAGUCCAUCCGGCUGCUCGCCGAGCUGCUCAGCAGGGCCAAGGCGGCGCGGCUGCAGGAGCAGGAGCAGCAGGAGGAGCGGCUGCGGCUGCAGCGGCAGGAGGAGCGGCGGCGGCUGCAGGAGGCCGAGCUGCGGCGCGUGGAGGAGGAGAAGGAGCGCGCGCUGGGCCUGCAGCGCAAGGAGCGGGAGCUGCGCGAGCGUCUGCUCAGCAUCCUGCUCAGCAAGAAGCCGGACGACGCGCGGCCGCCCGAGGACCUGCUGCAGCCCGUGCUGGACAUCCUGCACACCGUGUCCUCCGCCGCGCUGCAGCACCCGCUGGCCCAGCACGGGCCGCAAGCGCAGCCGCCACCGCCGCCAGAGCCAGAGGUCGCGCUCCCGCUCCCGCUCCGCCAGCCGCCACCGCAGCACCUGGAACAGGUAAUGACGGGCCCGUCCACCCGCGCCAUCUCGGCCCCACGCGCCCGGCCACGUUUCCCUUCGACGCGGCUGCUGGUCCUGGCUGGAAGGCGGCCCGGCCCUGGCGAGGAGCGGGAGACGGCAGCGCGGACCCUGAGCCGCGCCCGUGACGCCUGGAGCCCGGCCUGUGUCGCCUCACCGCGGGCCCUGUCCAGCUCCGCGGGGCUCCGCUCCCGGCUUGUUCCGUUCGUUCAGUCUUUGCUUUUGUGAUUUCGCCGGCCGGAGGGGCAGUGGGGCGCAGCGGCCGCAGCUGGGCCGGGUACGAGGCGGCGCUCGGUGGGUCCGGCCCUCAGUGCCCGGGCUGUGAGCGCCCUGAUCUCCAGAGCUGCCUUCCUGGGACCGAGGACGGCGGACCGCGCGCGCGCUUCUUGUGAGCUCGCGUGCUGGGUGCGAGGAGCCGCUUGGCCUGGGGUGACCGCGGGACCCGGCACAGCCGUGCGGGUCCGUCGCCGUCUCGGGAGGGGCGGGCAGACCGCUGCGCGUGUGGCUGUGCUCGUGGAGCUGGUGUCGGUCCUGGGUUGCAUUUUUACGGCAAAAUAAACUUUUUCCAAUGAACUGA